UUUGAGGACGUGUCUGUGUACUUCACCAAGACGGAAUGGAAGCUUCUGGAUCCCAGACAAAGGAUGCUCUACAAGCGAGUGAUGCUGGAGAACUACCGCCACUUGGUGUCACUGGGGUUUUCAAGCAUCUGUUCCUUGCAUCAAGCCACAGAGAGCCCAGGACAUAGAGGCCCAGGACUUGGAGAAAUCGGGAAAGAGCUGGGGCAGGCUCCCCCACUGCGCCCCUGCCUUCGGGGUUGCAGGGGAUCCUUUUGUUCUGUUUCUUCUUUUAAACUCUACAGAUUCCACCUCAGUCGUCUAACCCCACAGAAGGAGACUAGCUUCUUCCCCUUGGUUGUUUUUGACCCUUAUCAGGCAGAUCUGGGGUUCCCCAGGGAAGCUGUGGAUUCCUCAGUGGAGUCUGGCAUAAGGAACAGAGACAUCUGCUGUGUUUGAUGGUGAAACAGGGGGCUUUGGCUUUCGGGACACAGGCAGCCCUUCAGCUGUGUCUGCUUCUUGAUACUCCCUGGGGCCUUGCUCCAACCCUCUGUUUGUCCUUCAGGGUCUCCACACUGAUCCCCCAUUUCCCGCAGGCCAUCCCGUCCUGCAGGCCAAAUAAUAACAUCAUUAUCCUCUUGGGCUGAAUCACCACCUACUUAAGAUUCACCGUGCAUGCCUGGCCCCUGUACACUCAGAGCACCUUGCUUCCUUAGAGGGACUCUGCCGUUUCUCUGGACCUUCCCAGUGGCACUUUCUAGAGAGUUCUUCAUUCUCUGUUCCUGAAGAUAUUAAUGCUGGACUGAGUCCAGGAGUGACUAACCUGCUUCCUUUCCAUGGACAGGGUUUUCAUCCUCCAAGCCUCACCUGGUCGCCCGGCUAGAGCGAGGAGAGGGGCCCUGGGUAGCAGACGUCCACAGGAUGGGGACCACCACAGGGACGCAGGCAGGUGACAGGAUGAAGAGCAAACCGAUAAUUUCAAAGCAGAAAAAUUGUUCAGAAGAACUCGCAGGGGCUGACCUUCAGGGUGGCAACAAGGGCCAGGUAGCCGGGCAGUCAGAGGAAACACUUGAGCACAGACGGAAACAUGCUUAUUGUCCACAGGCAGCUUUCAGCAGGGGUGACCCUCCCAGGGAGAAAGGCCAAGGCAGCUCCCCAGGUGAGGAAAGAGAGAUACAGAGGAGUAGCUGCAGAGGUAGACAGGGUUUGGUUCUAAGGCAGCAGGGUUCCAAAGGUGCAGAGAAACAGUUCCUGUGUCAGCAGUGUGGAAAAUCCUUCAGCCGGAGCUCCAACCUCAUCAAGCACCGGAUCAUCCACAGUGGCGAGAAACCCUACGAGUGCGGCGAGUGCGGCAAACUCUUCCGGCGCAGCUUCGCGCUCCUGGAGCACCAGCGCAUCCACAGCGGUGAGAAGCCCUAUGUGUGCGGCGAGUGCGGGAAGACUUUCACACGCAGCUCCAACCUCAUCAAGCACCAGAUCAUCCACAGUGGUGAGAAGCCCUACGAGUGUGGCGAGUGCGGGAAACUCUUCCGGCGCAGCUUCGCGCUCCUGGAGCACCAGCGCAUCCACAGCGGCGAGCGGCCCUACACGUGCAGCGUGUGCAGCAAGGCCUUCAGCAGGAGCUCCAACCUCAUCGAGCACCAGCGCACACACAGCGGCGAGAAGCCCUACACGUGCAGCCAGUGCCUGAAAGCCUUCAAGGGCAUCUCCCAGCUCAUUCACCACCAGCGCAUCCACAGUGGGGAGAAGCCAUUCGAGUGCAAGGAGUGUGGGAAGGCCUUCCGGGGGCGCUCGGGCCUCAGCCAGCACCGGCGGGUGCACAGCGGCGAGAAGCCCUAUGAGUGCAGCGAGUGCGGGAAGACCUUCAGCCGGCGAUCCAACCUCUUCAAGCACCAGGUGGUGCACAGCGAGGAGAGACCCUACAAGUGUCAAGACUGCAGGAGGGCGUUCCGCAGCGGCUCCGUCCUCCUGGAGCACCGGCGCACCCACGGCAGCCUGCGGCCCAGCGCCUGCGGCCACUGCGGCCAGGCUUCCAAAGGGAAACCGCAGCUCGGCCGGAAGCCAAAAACUCACCGCAGAAGGAAGCUCUCGGAGGGAAGCAACUCAGAAAAGUUGCCGGCCUGCCUGGCCCUCUGGAGAGCCACUGCGGAGCCCCGCCCCGAAGACGAGAAACUCCGUCCAGACUCCGCCCACGCCACCGCCCCCAGCUCCUUCUGACGGGGUGCACCGUGGGAGGGCUGGCUUUAAAAUGAGGCCCACGUUCCCCACCUCAUCCCCCUCCCUUUGCUCGUUGAUGAUGUUGCGAUUGAAGCACCUAGUGCGCCGCAGGCAGACGGGCCCCUGUGCCCGUGCCAGCUCCUGUGCGGUGCGCACGGGCGUGUGUGUGCCGCCAAGGUGCACGCACAUUUGUAUUCCACCCUGGAGCCGCUGAAACUGCUCUUGCCCCACGUGCCUGGGGCCUGAGUGCUGUGGGUGGGAGGGAGCGGGUGCCUUCAAUUAGGGAGGAGUGGGGGCCUUCACUUCACCCAAAGACUUGUUAGCGUUUCCAGGUAGAAGACACGAAAAGCACUUUAAUCCUUUAAUAGCUUAAUAGUGGGGGGGACCUGAGGGCAUUCAAAAUUUGUGGGCUCCACAGCGAGGCUGUGGCUGGACUGUGACAUCACAUCACCUAAAAUUCAUCAAGAAAUGGUCUGAAAAAGGACUCAGGCAACUGCACGUGCCCGCGUCGGCAGCCCCUGGAGAGUGGCAUCUCCUCUGCAGGAAGGCACAGGACAGCUUGCUUCUGGGAGGAGCGGCACCAGACCCCAUCUUCUGGGAGCUCAGGGGAUUCUGCCAGAUGGCUGGCCUGGGCCCUGCGGAGAGGCUGAGGCCUGGAGACUCUCGGCUUCUCCGCCCCAAGAGAGGAGCUCUUUGGCUCUGGUCCCUCCCAGCUGCCACCAGCUGCCCUGCUGCCUUUGGUCUCCUCCCCGCACCCUGAGCCCCGGAGCUCACCCCACCUGCUGCCUUCAGACCCUGCCUGCAGAGGCCGCACUGGCCUCUCUGCCCCUUCUCUCCACCCUCAGUGCCUAAAGCUCCAAAGUUAGCUGCUCCCCCUGCAGCAGCCGUCCCUUGUGGCUGGCGCCAAAUCAGGAGGAAAGCGGCCGGCUUAGGAAUUUGCACAGAGCGUGCCCAGUGAUGGCUCUCUCUCCUCAGCUCUCUUUCAUGUGACAUUUCUUAAAAUAUUAGAGGUUCGGUUGCUUUGAAUGUUUUUGCCUUCAGGGGUAAUGUAAGUCAAAAAUAGAGAUUUUUGCCAUAUGGAAGUGUCAGGUAAUCACUCCUUAAAUAAGAAUCUGCCCAGCUCUCUGAGAAGGCCCCUCUUCUCACUCCCCCGCCCCCGGCCUUAGCCCCGUAGGGACACGGUGGACCCUUCAAUGGCACUUUACUGCAGGCCAUGGGAGACUCUCCAGGGAGACCUCGUGCUGCCGGCGGGGGUGGGGGGGGGCAGCUGCUGGCAGGUUCCACCCUGUCCUGCUCACACUGUCCCCAGAGCUGGGACCAGGAGCUCUGCCACUUGCCAUUCUCAGCCCAGCAUCCCAGUUGGCUCGCCGCCUCCUUCCAGCCCCCUUCACCACUGCCACAGGCUGCCCGAGGGCAGGUGGAUGUGAUGGAGGCCCCCCACUGGGCCUUUGCGAAGAGCGCACUUUCCCUGCCAGACAGGGGAGGGCCAGACACCAUCAGGAGGGUGUGGGAAAGCCUGGAAAUACAGGGCUCCUUCUGCGCAUGCUGCUUGGAGCUCCAACUGCUAGGACAACUCCAGAAGUGAGAGAGACAGAGAGAGAGAUCGAGGAGUUUUAUAUAGAUAUAUUAAAAUGACUGUACACACUUGUGACUUACGGAAAGUUCCAGAGUUGUAACUUGCUCUUGUCUCAUAGCCUCCUUGUGCUGUGCGUGUCACGUUUUCUUUGAGCCCAGAGCUUGGCACUUAGUAAAUACUUGUGAAAUGAGUGUUGCCCCCUUAGCACAUUGAACUCAGGUUCUAGACCACAGUCGGCUCCAGCCUUACCUUGCGGCAGUGGAAAGUAUCUGCAACCUUGGGUUUUCCGAUAGAAAAAGAAGUAUUAGGAGUGGUGUCUUUGAAAUCCAUGGUAAGGUGGCUGGGAAGCAUGUGUUUAUAUGAGGUGCCCACAAUGUUUGCUCAGCCGGCAGGGCUUCAGUAAAGCAGCCCCCACGCAGGGCGGGGGACGGUGCCUGAGGCCUUGUGCUUGGGCUCCGGUCUCUUUUUUGUUCAGCCGGGUCUGCUUAGGAUAGGGGCAACAAUUGCUACGUGACAGGCCCCGGUAAGAGCAUAGAUCCGUGCGCACUGCUGCCCAUUUCCAUCGCUCUAGGAAGUGAACAGUUUCGCCCUUAUGGGCCAGUCAGUAACCAACUUUUAAUAAACAAGAGUUGUAUCUCCCCAGCAUAGCAUCAUCCCAUUGGUUCUACUGGAUAAGCUAACUCGAUUUUUAAUGUGAGUGCCUUUGUUUCACCUUGGACCCACCCAGAGAUGACUAGAUACUGGGGGCUGGGGUCGUGAUGUCCAGUGCUUUCAACAAAAAGUGGACUUGCCGGGAGAGAUGCCAGGCACCUGCACUCAGGUCUCGGAGUGCCCUGAAAGGCUCCAAGGUCUCCAAAUGCUUACCCGGAUACGUGACAUUUCUAAUAGUAAUGCAUCUUUGGUUUGUCCCUUCUGCAUCUAACCUCACUCCUGAUCAUUAGAUGUUUACUCUGAUGCAGGUUUUUUUUUUGGUUUUUUUGGUCUGUUGUUUGUUUUGUUUUUGUUUUUUGCGGUACGCGGGCCCCUCACCGCCGCCGCCU